AUGGCAGCUGAGUCACUGCCUUUCUCCUUCGGGACACUGUCCAGCUGGGAGCUGGAGGCCUGGUAUGAGGACCUACAGGAAGUGCUGUCCUCAGAUGAAAAUGGGGGUACCUACGUCUCACCCCCUGGAAACGAGGAGGAAGAAUCAAAAACCUUCACCACUCUUGACCCCACCUCCCUAGCUUGGCUGACCGAGGAGCCAGGACCAGCAGAGGUCACACACACCUCCCAGAGCCCCCGCUCUCUGGAUUCCAGUCGGAGCUCCCCGGCUCAGGAGGAAGAGGAAGACCAAGGAAGACCCAGGAAACGGAAACAGAGUGGCCAGUCCCCGGCCCGGGCUGGAAAGCAACGCAUGAAGGAGAAAGAACAAGAGAAUGAAAGGAAAGUGGCACAGCUAGCUGAAGAGAACGAACGGCUCAAGCAGGAAAUCGAGCGCCUGACCAGAGAAGUGGAGGCCACUCGCCGAGCUCUGAUUGACCGGAUGGUGAACCUGCACCAAGCAUGAACACUUGGGACCAGCACUUCCCUCUCGGGCCACUUCUGACCCUUCCUGGAAGUAUCUACUGAGCCCCUUCUCACCAGUGCCAACAAUAUACCCCCCCCACCCCCAUCUGUUCAGUAGGGGGAAGGUUUAGGGUAGUUGACAGGAAAGGGUCUCAGCAUGUAUAUAGAGGUUGUAC